CCUCUGCGGGUCUCCUGUUCACCUCCAUGCAGUUGAGUGAUGGACGAAAGCUCCUUUGAGACAUUUGAGGAAGAACUCUGUAAACCACUCCCCGAAGUUCCUUCACUGAAACCUCUGAGACAGUCGCGAACAGGAAGUCGAACAGUUCCACAUCUUCGUCUACUGAAGAGGAUAUUAGAAACUUUGUGGAACCAUUAGAUCUCCCAAAACUGACGACUGAGCAAAAAAAUUCUCUUGAUUCUGAGAUAACCUUGGAGGAGCUAGGUGAGUCUGUCUGUCUGUGUCUUCCUUUGUCUGUCUGUCUGUCUGUCUGUCUGUCUAUCUAUCUGUCUGUCUGUGUCUUCCUUUGUCUGUCUGUCUGUCUGUCUUCCUUUGUCUGUCUGUCUGUCUGUCUGUCUGUCUAUCUGUCUGUCUGUCUGUCAUUCUAUAGAGAUUUAUAGAGAUGUAUGCUCAGAGGAGGGUGCGAGAGGAAGCUCCAAUAGUCCAGCAGGUUCCGAAGAGUGUUCCUCGCGAACAUCCUCUCUCCAGUGCCACGUCUUUACGUAAAACUCUGUCCAUUCAGAAUCUGUCUCAGAUCGAGACGCCGUGGGAGGGCGUGACACUGAACCGAUGUCUGUUAUUGGUCAUAACAAUCCUGCUGCUGAGCUGCACGUUACAGAGAAUAAACGAGGCACUUAGGGGACAUAAGGAGGUCAGUGAAGAUUUCGUGACACUGGCCGAGAGACAGACGCUGAUCAAGAGAGAGAGAGCAACAUCCCAUGAGCCUGAGAUCUCUCUAUGGGACACACUGUUCUGGUGGGUCGCUGAUGAUGACGAUGAAGGCAAAUCAAAGAGAGCGACUCGGGAGAGAGUUUCCAGGAGCCUCCGACACCGAGCCCUCCCAGACCCCAAACUUCUGAAGAAAAGAGAGAUGAACUUCAGCCAGCGCAGAGGACGAGGAAGACGAGACACAGAUGAGACUAAAGACAGACUGAAGAGGAAAAAAGAGAAAGAGAUGAAAGUCCAAAAGAAAGAAGAGAAAGACGAGGAGGAGAAACCAAAGGAGAGAAAACACAAAUCUAUUAAAAAACAAUUGGAGCUGUGAUUAAUGACGGCACGGAUGUAAAUGUUAGACGAACGAUUACAGGUUGAAUCGCAUGAAGAAAUGACCACGGCAUAUUUCACUCCCAAAUCAACAGACGAAAAAAUUAAAAAGUAUGCAUAAAGAAAAUGAGGCCUAUUUUAUAACCAAAUACAGUAUAACAAAACAGUAAAAAAAAUUCUCCCAAUUUGGAACGCCCAAUUCCCAAUGCGCUCUAAGUCCUCGUGGUGGCGUAGUGACUCGCCUCAAUCCGGGAGACCAGAUUUCGUCUGAGACCGUCAAUCUGCGCAUCUUAUCACGCGACUUGUUGAGUGCGUUACUGUGGCGACGUAGCACGUGUGGAGGCUUCACGCAUCCAACGCAGCAUCCACAAUUCACCAGGCGCCCCAUCGAGAGCGAGAACCACAUUAUAGCGACCACGAGGAGGUUACCCCAUGUGACUCUACCCUCACUAGCAACCGGGCCAAUUUGGUUGCUAAGGAGACCUGACUGGAGUCACUCAGCACGCCCUGGAUUCAAACUCGCGACUCCAGGUGUGAUAGUCAGCGUCAAUACUCGCCGAGAUACCCAGACCCUCCCUAGCAACCGGGCCAAUUUGGUUGCUAAGGAGACCUGGCCGGAGUCACUCAGCUUUAUUUUCUUUAUGCAAAAUAUUUCCGAUUUCUUUCUUUUGAUUUCGGUAGUAAAAUCUGACCUGGACAUCUUCUCGUUUAUUAACCCGCAACUUCUGUUCAGUCAUUUUGGACCGAUUUUAAUAUUUGAUCAAUAUUUUGUGACUUUUCCUCUUCCACUAAAAUAAAAAAAAAUAACAAAUUUGCUAGACAAAUCAAAAAUGGCUAAACUUAAAAAAAUCAAGUGACUUUUAUAAUGUAUAAUUAACAUAAAUAUAUACACAUCCAAAUGCAUAACUUGUGAUAAUAUCUAGACAUGAAGAGAUUAAGCAAGAAUAAGGGGAACACUGAGGCCACCUAUAGGCUAUACUUGUCAUUGCAAGUUAAAAUUAAUUUGCUUGUUUUAUUUAAAAAUUGAAUGAUGUAAUUUACAUUUAAUCUCACUGAGGUCUUUAACAACAAAAGUUCACAUGUGACAGUAACUCUGCAAGAGUUUUGACACACAAAAUGUGUCAAUAAAUGUGUUAAUAUGUAUCUGUGUUUCAUGAAGACUGUUCCGGUCAAUUCUGAGCCAUGGACAGUACACGUGUUAGCCCAGUAUGAACAGAACUUGAUGGUUAAAGACACCCUCAUAUAUCUUGACUUCUCUCAGGUCAGGUUAUGAUAAACCGAACGUCUGAAUUAUUUUAUUUGAGUCAUUGGAUGAUUAUAAGGUUUCCAGCAUCUUUGAAAUGAUGAUAAUGUGGGUACUCCUCGUUUUGAUGAAUGGCGUAUAAUAGCAAUUCUGUUCAAAAUAUUUAUUUUGAAAAUGUUUGAGCUUGCAAACCAAAGUUAAAUGGUGCAAAAUAAAAAACAUGUUAAAUACUGUAUUUA